AUGUCUCCGCUCCUAUGGGCGCUGCGUCUCGUCCACGCCUUCGAGGACCGCAUAGUCGAAGCUAUCCUCCGUCAGCCGGGUUUCCACCGCGCAGUCGGCCGCAUCCAUCGGACCAUCCACGAACGGAGACACGGUCGCAAUCCGCAUGAGCCCUUGGCGCCGGGAGAAGCCACAGAGGAUCCCGGGACGGGGAGUCGCUGGCGCGUUUUCGCGAGGCAUUUCUUUGACGAGAUGAAGAACCAGUCCCGGGGGAAACCUACCGACCUGGCGAAAAGGCCGCCGCCCAAGUGA